AUAUAUAUCCCCCCAUUCCCCAUGGAUUUGAUUGUGAAAAAUAAAAAAUCCUACCAACUUUUAUCCUUGGGAGACAUGGCAAGAGUACUUGGGCUUUCCUUUCUACUUCUCUGCUUCGUUCUUCACAGGGCUGGCAUGGCAGAGUCGGGCGAUGCCAGACAUUCCAGCCCUACAGCUUUCAUCAAGUCCUCGUGCAAGGCCACUCGCUACCCUGCACUUUGCGUUCAUUGUCUUUCUGGUUACGCAAGUGCGAUUAGACAAAACGAGCGACAGCUAGCUCAAACAGCCUUGUCAGUGAGCUUAGCCAGGGCGCGUUCGGCUGCGGCGUUUGUGGCCAAGAUUACUAAGGUCAGGGGGAUCAAGGCCAGGGAGCAUCAAGGCGUCAAAGACUGCAUAGAGAAUUUGGGUGACAGCGUGGACAGGCUUAGCCAGUCGCUCCAGGAGCUUGGCCGUCUGGGCAGAGCUGGGGGACGUCGCGACUUCAUGUGGCACAUGAGCAACGUGCAAACAUGGGUCAGUGCGGCGCUUACUGACGACAACACUUGUCUCGAUGGGUUUGCCGGGCGGGUGUUUGAUGGAAAUGUCAAGGCUACUAUACAGAGAAGGGUCAACAAUGUUGCUCAAGUCACUAGCAACGCCCUUGCACUGGCCAACCGUUUUGCUUCAAGACACCGACCUUCAAUGGCAGCAGAAAAGCCUUAGAGAUCGAUUUCUCUAUCUUAACUAAGGUUUGUGCCUCAACUAGAUGUUGUCUUUGGGGGCUCUGUGUUCAUGCUUAAGGUUUGUAUUAAGCUUAUGUUUAGUACUGUUUGUCUUGUAUGCAUAGUGUCUGAGUGUCGUUUGCUAUAACAAGCUUUCUGAAGUGUCUUAAAAAAUCCCUUCAGCAAUUGAGCAACAA